AUGGCGCCCUCCUCGUCCUCUCGCAGGGCCGAAGCUCCGCUCCUCCUGCUGCUCCUCUGCUGCAUUUCCACGGCGGUCACCUCGCAGUCGCCGACGCCCGCGUCCUCGCAGGCCAAGACGCUCUACCGCGUGUGCCGCCUCCUCGGCUUCCCGCCCGCGCUGGCCGCGCUCGCCAAGGCGCCCGACCCCUGCGCGCUGCCGCCCACGCCGUCGCUCACCGUCGCCUGCGCGGCCGGCCAGGUCACGGCGCUCUCCGUGCUCGGCGACCGCCGGCCCGACCCGGCGUGGCGCACCGCGCUGCCCUCCAACUUCUCCGCCGACGCGCUCUUCACCACACUCACCCGCCUCCCGGCGCUGUCGCGCCUGGAGCUCGUCGCGCUCGGCCUCUGGGGGCCGCUCCCGGGCGCCAAGCUGCUCCGCCUCGGGGCGCUGCAGGCGCUCAACCUCAGCGCCAACUACCUCUACGGCGCCGUCCCCGAGCAGGUGGCGCGCAUGUACUCGCUGCAGAGCCUCGUGCUGUCCGGGAACUGGCUCAACGGCACCGUGCCGUCCCUCUCCGGGCUCGCGUUCCUCCACGAGGUCGACCUGGGCCGGAACAGGCUCGACGGCGCGUUCCCGGGGGUGGGGAAGGCGGUGGCGACGCUCGUCCUCGCCGACAACAACUUCACCGGGAAGAUCCCGGCGGAGGUGGCUUCUCUGGGCCAGCUCCGGUUCUUGGACGUGUCACGGAACCGGCUGGAGGGGUGGAUCCCCUCCGCCAUCUUCGCGCUCCCCGCGCUGCACCACAUCAACCUGUCGCACAACAAGCUCUCCGGGCAGCUGCCGGCGAGCACGGCGUGCGCGGACACGCUGGAGUUCGUCGAUGUCUCCGCCAACCUGCUCAUUGGGGCGCGCCCGGCGUGCAUGCGGUCCAACUCGUCGGCGCGCACGGUCCUCGACGCGGGCAAUUGCUUCCGCGACGCCAAGCUGCAGCGGCCGAGUACCUACUGCAGCCCGGGGGCGCUCGCCGCGCUGCUGCCGCCGCCGCAGGGGAGCGGCGCUGAGCAGGGUGGGGGUAAAGGCGGCGGGGUGGGGAUGGUUCUUGGCAUUGUGGGCGGCGUCGUGGCAGGCGCAUUGCUCAUCGCGCUGGUGAUGGUGGUGGUGCUGAGGAGGGCGAGGAGGCAGCACCCCGGGGUGAUGGCCCUGCCGAAGUCACCGUUGAUAAGGGCGGCGAAGAAGGGGGACAGCGCGAAAGCUACAGCGAAGAUGUCCCAGAAGAUCGCUACCCCUGCCGAUAAGAGGCAUGCAUCGCAAGCCGCGAUGGUAAAUACGCUGGAAGUACCGGCGUAUCGCGUAUAUACCACCGAGGAGCUCCAAGAAGCCACGGACAACUUUGCAUCCUCCAACCUGAUCAAGAAGAGUGCCCUUGCACAGCAUUACAACGGCCAGCUUCAAGAUGGCACAAGAGUUUUGGUGAAAUGUCUCAGACUAAAGCCAAAGUAUUCUCCUCAGAGCCUGUCCCAUUACAUGGAGAUAAUUUCUAAGUUCCGCCACCGCCACUUGGUUAGCAUCAUUGGUCACUGUAUUGUCAAUGAUCAGGAAAAUCCCACUAUUGCUAGCUCGGUAUACCUCAUUUCUGAAUGUGUAACAAAUGGAUCUCUAAGAAGUCAUCUUACCGAGUGGAGGAAGCGCGAAAUGCUGAAAUGGCCGCAGCGGGUUACUGCUGCCAUUGGUAUCGCGAGAGGGAUCCAGUUCUUGCACAAUUUGACUGCCCCGGACAUUGUACAGAAUGAUCUCAACAUUGAGAAUAUUCUGCUGGACAAGACCCUCACUUCAAAAAUUAGCGGCUUCAGUCUGCCGAUGAUGUCGACCAGCAAGAAUGGCAAGCUGUUCUCUGAAAACCCUUUCGCUGUCCAGGAAGAAAACGACCAUGGCAGUGCUCAACCUGCAGAACAUGGGGACAGGGAUGACAUAUACCAGUUCGGCCAAAUUCUUCUUGAAGUGAUCACAGGCAAACCAACGGCGUCGCGAAGCGAGUUGGAACCCCUGAGAGCUCAGCUGAGCGGGGCCCUGGCUGAAGACCCGGACAUGCUGAAAGACAUGGCCGACCCGACGAUCCGCGGCACAUUUGCGGUGGACUCCCUCAGCAAGGUGACUGAGGUGGCCCUCAACUGCACGGCUGGUGACCCCAGCGACCGGCCUUCCGUCGACGACGUGCUGUGGAACCUGCAGUACUCCAUGCAGGUGCAGGACGGGUGGGCGAGCAGCGAGAGCUUGAGCUUGAGCGUGAAAUCGCAGGCGUGGUGA